AUGGAAGAGGAUACCGAGUCCGAGGUGCAGGCUAGCCAACGACACAAAACUGAAUUCCGCUUUAAGGGUUGCACGGAUGUUGAGUUGCUGAAGGAGAUCAUACACGUGCGGCCCUACGAAGCACCCCACGGAGAGGUCCACAAGGGAUGGACGGAAGUAACAGAGCAUCUCCAGCGCCUCUGUGGAGAUGGAAUCACAGUCAACGCCACGCGAAAACGAUUUGACGACCUGAUGACGGCGUUUCACGCCGACACUAUGGCCGCGCUCCGCGCAUCUGGGACGGACGAAGAGUACGAGGAACGCGAGCAGCUACUCCAGGAUAUCCACGACUUGGUUGAUGCUGCAUCGAUUCGAAAGCAGACGGACAAGGAAGAAAAGGCAAAACAGAACGAGCGACGCGAAACGAAUGGCGAGAAGAUUCGCGACGCGGCGAUGUCAACCAUGAAAAGGUAG